AUGCCUCAUGCCGAGGACCGGCCCCUUUUCAGAUCUCGCCCGUGGCCCGCACCAGAUCUCACAAAGAUUGCCGAAUGGCACACCAUCACACGUAAUCCGAUCUUCGAAAUGAUCCUCUUGAGAAAAGAGAAACACCGUGCACAUCCCGGGCCUUUUGCCACAGUCACACGAACAGUCAGAGCCGAAAGCGCCCGGUAUCCAACUCCAAGGCGACGCCGGAUGAGAACUCCGUCCGACGAGCAGUCUGACACGGUUUCCGUGACGAGAAACACGGGGUGGCACAGAGCUGGCGCCAUGGAUGAGGCGCGCAACGGCCGGCCCUCGCGUGACUGGCGAGUGAGUGUUUGUUCGGAGGAACUCGACGUCGUGGGAUACACGCCCGUCAGGUCAUGCCGGGCGUCGUCGAUCCCAAUGCGUCGUCCUCUUCAGCGGAAGACUUCUGUAUAG